UUCCUGCCUCCCGCCGUUCAGCAGCAAGUCAUAGCAUCCGUGCACACCAAUCCUGGCCCCGCCGUGCACCGGGGUCGCGAGGCUACCGUCAACCAGCUCCGCAAGCAUUUCUGGUUUCCGGGGAUGUUCCGCAUGGUGUCGAGAGUUAUCCGCCGCUGCCACAUCUGCAAAGUCAGCAAGCCCGGCUUCGCUAUGCAGGGGGACCCGCGCUCCACGCCUGCGCUUUUCCCCAUGCAGACCAUCCAAGUGGACUUCGUCGGACCUAUCCACCCGCCGUCCCGGUGUGAGGCCACCGGUCGCUCCUUUUCGUACGUGCUGACCAUCAUCGACCUCCUCAGUCACUGGUGCUGGUUUGUCCCGACAAGCACUUGCGAGGCGCGCGAAUGUGCUACCUACAUCUCCGAGCAUCUCAUCUGGGAUUUCGGUACCCCCCUGGUGGUUCGGUCCGACAAUGGCAGCCAUUUCACCGCCGAAAUAGUUCGGCUAGUCGCUGACGCACUCGGGGUCGAGUGGGUCUACGGGAGCACCUACCGGCCGCAGUCACAGGCUGUCGUCGAGCGUUGUCAC